AUGUUCACAGACCGAUGCCAUGUCAUCAGUAUGGAUUCGCAUAUUCCAACCAAAGCAGACGCACCCGAGUACACGUUUGCUCUGGCGUACCGAAAGCCUCGGCCUAUACCCAAAACCUGGGAUAGGAUGGCAGGUGACAACGGCGUCGGGUUCCUCGAUCUACCGCGAGAGUUGAGAGACAUGAUCUACAAUUACAUCUGCACCAAUCUGUCGACAAACGGCAACGGCUGGAACGACAAGCACGGCGCUUUGAAGAAUUAUAUCCCGGGCAGUCCCCGAUCACGUAAUCUUGGUAUCAUGGAAACAUGCCGCCAAGUGCAUUGGGAAUUCGCCGAAACACUCUACGCGCAGCCCCUUCAACUCUGCCCCGUUUUAUACCAAUACCGGACGCAGUUCAACGUAGCAGGCUCGCAUAUCUUGCCCUUGUCGCUAACAUAUGCACAUCUCGUUAAGAAGGUGGCUGUCCUUCACGACACAGGAAUUGGAAAAUUCCGAGCCCCGUACGACCUAUUUGAGACAAAAACUUCAGGCGAGGAGCAAUGGCGGCAUGUUGUCUCGAUUGCAACGCGGUUAGGAAAGCUUUUCCCCAAGAUACAGACUGUACGCGUGCUUCAUCGCAUCUGCCCACGAGAUUACGGCGUAGAUUACACGUGGCAAACUGUUUGCGGACUACUUGGCGACACCAGAGAGGAGCAAGUCGAGGAGUCUGAAAAGUUCAUCAGAGGUGUAUGUUGGAGUGAUGGGAGAAGCAUCAAGAUGCCGCCGCAACUGGAGUUGAUGCACUUGGACGUUGACACCGUCGUUGAAACGCCUUUGGUUGAAGCGAUGAGGAAUGUACGAGCAGCCGACAUGAACAAGAGAGGACUUAAGCGGAAACGGUCUGCAUGA